CUGGAUGGUGUGAAGAGAGGAGCUGCUGGCCUCUCCUGGGAGCCCCGGCGCUUCCCGCGAGGCAGCACCAUGCUGGCUCCAAAGAAAGGCCUCCUGUGCAACCUCAACCACAUCCACUUGCAGCACAUCUCGCUGGGGCUGCACCUCUCCCGGCACCCCGAGCUGCAGGACGGCUCCACGGCUGCGGGAGAGCAGACGGGCUGCACGCAGUGCCCGGAGAACCGGGAGCCGGUGGAUGCCAAUUCCAACAACGCCUCGGUGAAAUGCCGCUGCUGCCAGUCCCACCCCGCCGAGCCGGAGCCGCUGGGGCUGCAGAACCAAGAGGAUUUCCCCUGCCUGCACAGCGGAGACGAGGAGGAGGCGGCUUCCCCUUGUGAUCCCCCUUGUGAUCUGGCUUCUUCCUCCUCCUCCUCCUCCUCCUCUGUCAGUAGCUGCUCGGAUUUCAGCUUGGAUGACUCCCCGGUCUCGGUGUACUGCAAGGAGUUCGCCAGAGCAGAGUCCCAGUCCCCUGACAAGCAGCUGAACGUCAUUGCCACAGAAAACGCCUGGCAUGGAGAGGCCCUGGCUGAUGGAGAGGCUCUGGCUGAUGGAGGGGACCGGGCUGAUGGGGAAGCUCUGGCUGAUGGGGAAUCUCUGGCUGAUGGAGAGGUUCUGGCUGAUGGGGAAGCUCUGGCUGACCAGCACAGGACGUGCCAUGGGAGAGAUGCCAACCACAACUCCCCAGUGCCCCUGAGAGCCACGGCGGCGGCCAGCAAGAGCCCAGACAGCCUCUGCAGCAGCAACUCGCUCGAUUCCCACUGCGACGAGCUCUCUCCCGGCACCGCAGCACCGGAGACCACCGGCCCCUGCGCCGACCUCGACCCCAACUGCAACCCCCUCCCUGAGCCCGACGCCGCGCCCCCCGCUCCGCCGCCCGUGCCGGAGCGGCGGGAUGCCGCCAUCCCGAGCAGCGCUCCGCAGCCGCGGCCCCGGCCCGGGGGGCUCCCCCCGCCCGUGCCCCCCCGGCCCCGGCGGCGGCUGCAGGUCCUGAACGCGCACAGAGCCGAGCAGCCCCAGGCCGGCCCGGGCGAGCUGUGCAGAGACGCGGCCACCAAGACCAUCACCUCCUUCCACGAGCUGGCCCAGAGGAGGAAGAGGAACGCGGCUGGGCCCACGCUGGCCCAGGCCAGGGUUGAUCGCAGUGACUGGCUCAUCGUGUUCUCGCCUGACACGGAGCUGCCCCCCAGCAGCGAGCUGCUCUCGGGCACGACGGGCCAGGAGCGACCCCAGCCCCAGCCCCAGCCGCAGCCGCAGCCGCAGCAGGACGGGCCAGCCCGGCCUCCCGGCUCCAGGCAGAGAGAGGUGACCACGUUCAAGGAGCUGCGGUCCCGCAGUGCCGCCCGGCAGCCCAAGGGCCAGCGGGCAGAGCCGGCCCAGCACCCGCCCGUGCCCCCCGUGCCCCCCGCGUCCCUGGGGGGGACACCGCUGCUGGCACCCAGCGACGGCCACCAGCCGAGAAGGAGAGCCCGGCCCAGCCUGCAGCCCAUCGCGGAGGGGCAGCCGAGGGAUGUGGAGACGGGGGGGCUGCCCCCAGGGGAGAAGGGGCUGGGCGCUGCCCCGCUCCGCAGGCUCGGGGGGCCCGGCGGGGACCCCGCGGUGCCACGGGCGGCCCAGCGAGGAGACGAGACCCGCACGGGGGGUGAGUCCGGCUCCCUCUGGGGUUCUGCCGGGGGGGUUGCGGGGCCACCUGCGCAUCUCCGGGCGGUGGGAGCGAUCCCGGAGCGCUCCGGGGCGGGCACGGCGAGAUCCGGGGGUCUCCCCGCAUCGCCCGGCGCUGCUCGGGAGGCGCCGGGGCUGUCCCGGUGCCGCUCCGCCCCGCGGCUCCCGGCGCUUCCUCCCCGCCCGGCCCCGCCGCCCUUCGGCCCUGGGCUCCAUGAGGGCGCUGGAGCCGCCGGGCCCGGCGGGGGAAGAGCGGAGGGGCCCCAUGGCGAGCAAACCAAAGCGCUGCUGGUCGCCGUCAGCUCCGCCGUGGACAAGGUCAUCGCCCACUUCAGCACGGCACGGAACCUGGUGCAGAAGGCCCAGCUGGGGGACAGCCGGCUCAACCCCGACGUGGGCUACCUGCUGCUGCACACGCUGUGCCCCGCGCUCUGCGCCCUGGUGGAGGACGGGCUGAAGCCCUUCCAGAAGGACGUGAUCACGGGCCAGAGGAAAAACUCCCCCUGGAGCGUGGUGGAAGCCUCGGUGAAAACAGGCCCCGGCAGCCGCUCCCUGCACGCCCUGUGCUGGCACGUGGCCGGGCUGGCCCCGCUCAGCAGCCCCCGGCAGAAGUUCCACGCCUUCAUCCUCGGCCUUCUGAACAUUAAACAGCUGGAGUUGUGGAUAUCUCAGCUGCAGAAGAGCCCAGGUGUGAUCUCCGUGCUUUACUCACCCACGGCCUUCUUUGCCCUGAGCCAAGGCCCUCUCCCCCACCUUGCUGACGAGCUCCUGCUGCUCAUCCAGCCCCUCUCGGUGCUGACCUUCCACCUGGACUUGCUCUUUGAGCACCACCACCUCUCCGUGGACGUGCGGCCCCUGUCGCGCCGGCUGGAGUCCCCGCUGUCCCCUGGCUGUCCCCCCGUCCCUGCGCGGGGGUCCCUGGGGCUGCACAGCGCUGCUGCAGGGCCCAGCCUGCAGGAUGAGCCCCCCCGGGAUGCUCUGGGCAGGGUGGGGGGCGCGGGGGGCCGGUGCCAGGCGCCCGUGGGUGGGCUGGUGCCUGCCCCCCCGGUGGGGGCUGCCCUGCAGCAAACCUUGCAGCAGGUGCUGCGCUGGGGCGACCAGCUGGGCCGCAGCUUGCUGGGCUCUGACAGCCCCCCGCAGGGCCCCGGGCCCCGGGAGGGCACUGCGGGCACUGGGGCUGGCCUCGGGGGCUGCUGGGGCCAGCUGAGCCAGAGCUCCAGGGUUUACACCGCUCCCAGCAAGGACAGGUUCCCCUCGGUGUGGUGGACGAAGCUGCGGGCGGCGGGGGAGCCCAGCCCGGGCCAGGCUGGGCAGUGCCCCACGUCCAGCGAGCCCAGGGGCACGGAGCUGCAGCUCCUUCAGACCAAAGCUGGCCCUGAGCGCCCCAUCCCAAAGCCCAGCGGCAGCACGGACACCUCGGGCACCUCCUCCCCUGAAGAUCUCUUCCUGCCCGCUGGAAGCGGAGCGUUCAGCAAGCUGGAGGAUGGCAGUGCUGGAAGGAACCCCCUGGCUGCUCCCCCGGAGCCUCCUGGCAGCAGAAACCCGGCAGCAGCCCCUGGGCCGGGCGGGGGCGAUCCUCCCGCUGCUGGCAGGGGCAGCUGGCUGGGCUGGCUCUUUGGAGCCACCAGCCCUGCGUGCAGGAGCUUCCCCAGCAGCCCUGACAGCGCCGCGGCCACGUCCAGGAGGCCGUCCCGCUGGCUGGCCCCCGGGCCCCGGGCCCUGGCCGGGCUGCUGCGGGCCCUGGCACCCGACGGGAGCCGCGCUCCGGAGCAGCCGGGCAGGACCCUGCCCGCCCCGGCCCCGGCCCCGGGGUGCAGGGCAGUCCGGGCACUGUGUGACCACACGGGCACGGCCGAAGGGCACCUGAGCUUCCACAAAGGGGACGUCCUGGAGCUGCUCUGCACCGUGGAUGAGGACUGGAUCCGCUGCUGCCAUGGAAACAGCACCGGCCUCGUUCCCGUUGGUUACACAUCCCUGAUUUUGUGAGGAGGAGGAGGAGGAAGGGCCCCGAGGAAGCGGCUGAGCUCUCCGGAGCGGGUGCCAGCUCGGGGAGGGGAUGUCUCCUGCCACCUCCAGAGCUUCGCCACCUCCGGGGCUGGCAGCAGCUCCCAGGGGACCCUGCCCCGUGCCUGUCACUGCUGCAUGGCGUCACCGUCUGCCACCGUGUCCCCCGGCCCCCCCGGCAGCUCGGGGCUCCUCAGCUGCUGCCCAGCCCGUGCCAGGGCGGGGACGGCUCCUGCCCUGCCCCGUGUCGCCUCCGUGCCAUCGUGUCCUGCCACCGCUGCCACCUCCCCGUGCCCUGCCCUGCCCGGGGCUGUCCCAGCACUCUGUGAAUAUCUGUAACCACGGGAACGGGAGGGAAAAGCUGGAAAUAAAUAAAGGUUGUGACUCUC